GGAGUUACUGUAGACACGAGCUGAAGCAAGACGCCUCACAAACCAAAGUUCAAGGAGGGGUUUUCUGUAUUCUUCCUUCAGAGAAUCCUCAUCAGCAUCUUCCUGAACUGUAAACUCUGGAAUUAAAUCUGCUCGAACAUGCUCCUACAGACCAUUUCAAACCAGUAGGACCUGCAGUAGCAGAGAGAGCAGAAAGUGGUCCCCAACACAUCACUCGGCUCCGCUGGGCUCUGUGCAUAGGCUCUGCCAUUUUUGCAGCCAUGCAUCAUAUCUGUCUGCAGAUAGCAUGUGCGUGAUGAUCUCCAUGGCGACUUGGGCACUUGAGGCAGAAAUAUGAGCUGCAGCAUCUCCCCCUGUUGUCCAUCGACAUAAAAUGCAGUGUUCUGGAACAUGAGAAAGGCAAUACAUUUCCUCCAGUUCUUUGUAAGCUGAUAUGAAGUAGACAGACACCUUCUGAAGUUUUGUGCAUGCUGUGCUCUUUUUUUCUUUGCCGCAACAAGAAAAGCCUUUUCUUUUAACCUGGCUUCCUUUGAAGAAGUAACUCAGGAAGCUUCAUGGCCUCUCAAGAAUCUCAGGGACAAACCAACCCAAUCUUUAAGGAUUACCUCCCUGGUUCUUCUGACCUUCCUGAACAGAAUAAGCCUGUUGAACCAACAAGUCUCUGGAAGCAAACAUCACACGCUCAUAACUUGCCACCUGGUCUGGAGUACCUGAGCCAGCUGGACCGGAUAAUUAUUCAUCAGCAAGUGGAUCUUCUUGAAGCCAUACUUGGCACAGAGACCUCCAGCAAAUACGAGAUAAAAAACCAUUUGGGACAAAGAGUUUACUUUGCAGUAGAAGAAAAUGAUUGCUUUGAUCGUAACUUGUGUUCGCCUAUAAGGUCUUUCACCAUAAGGAUUGCUGAUAACAUGGGCCGAGAAGUGAUUACAGUGAACAGACCCUUGAGAUGCAACAGCUGCUGGUUCCCCUGCUUCCUGCAAGAGUUAGAAGUUCAGUCCCCACCAGGUACAAUAGCUGGCUAUGUUGUACAGAACUGGGACCCCUUUCUGCCAAAGUUUACUAUACAGAAUGAAAGUAAAGAAGAUGUACUAAAAAUAAUUGGCCCAUAUGCAACCUGUGGCUGUUUUGAAGAUGUUGACUUUGAGGUGAAAGCUCUCAAUGAGAUGUCAACAAUUGGCAAAAUUUCCAAGUACUGGUCUGGAUUUGUAAACAAUGUCUUUACCAACACCGCCAACUUUGGGAUCCAGGUCCCUGUAGAUCUUGAUGUGAGAAUCAAGGCAGUAAUGAUUGGUGCUUGUUUCCUCAUUGACUUAAUGUUCUUUGAAAACUCUUUAGAUGGAUUAUAACAAGAUGACAGAAACAAUAAAAUAUGCAGAAUCUGUUUCAAAAUCGCUUGAGCUUUGGACAUGAUUUUGAACUGCACAAAUCCUUGUUCCUUAUAGGAAAAGAUAGGGAGAUAAUGAUGAUGUUUAUUAAAAUAUUUCUCAUGUAAAUAAUAAUUUCCCACUUACCUUUUAUGUGCAUUGUAGCUAAACACAUACUUUUCACACAGAGCACCGUUGCUUUGGAACAGUACUAUUUUCUUCCUUCUCUUUUGAUGUUCCUGCAUGGGAAAUCAUGAAAGAUUAGAUGAAGGCUUGCAGCGUCACUGAUGAAAGGCUAUGUUUAGAGAAGCCUUUGAUGUUUUGAAAGUCCUGGUACCAGUUACUACCACAUGAGGGUGUGUUCUGGGGGUUUUGCUUUUUCAUAAUUUUAGAAGUAAUUUUCUGGUUUGUUAUUUAAUUAAUAGUAACAAACUGAGAUUGAAAGUAACAAAUAUAAAGACGUCACCCGAUGGCAAGUUCAAGAUGUUAUCUGUUUCAGUGAGUUGAAAGAAAGGAAGUUAUGUUUGCUAGUAAAUUAAUUUUAUGGCAAAGAUUUGUUUAAUGAGUGGCAGCCAGAAAUUAGGCUUCCAGCACUAGACUUCGGAAUGUGAGCUCUACUCAGAAAAUCUGGUCUUCCAGUAUUUUUAUUGAAGGCAGGCUAUAAGGUUUGAGAGGUGGUCCUCUAUGUGCUAGAGGCGCACAAAUCACUUCACUUUGAACUAUCCAGUGUUAAGGAUUCUUGCUCCCAUCCACUCAAGACGUUCCUUAAAAGGUUUGUUCCUCUUUAUAAUAUCUGGUGAUUGGUAACUUUUCAGUCAGACUUGCCUGAGAGCAGUCUUUAACAGAAUUAUUCUUUUCCUUUGGCAAGCUCAGGUAUUUUCUAUGAUAGGAUUGUGCAAUAGGAGCUUUUUCUAUUUCAAAUAGCAGUUUUACAUAGCUGUUCACUCCUGUAGUCACGCCUCAUCAUACUGUUCCCAAACAUUCCCACUGACAGGCUUUUACUAAUAUAAGCUUCCUUUGUAGGAACAUCCAUGAUAUAUAUAUGUGCAAGACAGAAGCCAAAACAUUUUUGUUGCAAAAUAUUUGCUGUAUGAACUUGCUUAUGCCUCUCAACAACUCCAGUGGUCCUUCAAGAAGCAAACAAGUACCGUACAAUAUUGGUAGUAAAAACAAAUCCUGUCAUAGUCACUGGUCAAGUUUCCAAGGGGAACAUUUUACAAAUCACCAGGAAAGCUUGAUUUUUUUUUUUUUUAGCGUGAACUAGUAAUUCAAUUCUUGCAAACAACCAACACAUCAACGGAAAGGAGAGGAGAUAAUGAAUAAUUCAUAAAAAUGAAAAAGAGCUAAAUUUAUCAGGUGAUUAAUUCUCAACAAAUAUUUAGACUAAUUUUAAAUUAAUGUUCAUGGAUAUGAAUUCAAACACAGUGAAGUCAGGAAGUUGCAACUAAUGUUCCCAUAGUGAAAUUAACUCAGGAAUGCUUAUAGAUUUAAACAGUAUGUUUUAGAUUAUAUACCACACUUAGGUAUUUAUACAGAUUUACAUAUGUCUUGAAAAUAAUUGUGGUUAACAAGCUCUGACAAUCAUCAUUAUCUGUUAACCAUUUCAUUACUGGCUCUCGCUGUGAUCCUUAGCAGUGCAAUCAGGCUGCAAUCCGCAGAAGUUACAAACUCACAGGGAACCAUUGCUGUCACCUUUCCCAGGAGGAAGCACCCUGUAAGCUUCGUGGGCAAGAAGCUCCCUCGUGUGGAAAUUUGUAGUUUUGCAGAAGAAUACAGAUGACUGACGCCAAUUCGCGAUUCUCACUAGUUUCACACUGGCGUCAUUCUAUUAAAUUCAGUCCUUUCACUCCUGACUUACUCUAAUGCAUAUUGAGAAAAAGAGCCAGAUUUUUAUAUUGAUUUUUCUCUUUAAAUCCCUUUGCCAUCUCGGACAGAAGUGACUAUUAUUGUAGCCAACAGUCUUGGGUCUCAUAUAAACCACGUACUUGCACUGUUGUUAUGUGUGUCUGAACCCGUGGCUGAACGCAGUGCCUAGUGAGAUCAGCAGGCUUCCCUGCUAUCUGCCACUCUUCCUUUGCAAUUUCUAGCCUUCUUAUGACCCUUAACAAGCCAAAGACAUCUUUGAAGCAAAUGUGUCCAACCACCACUGAGGUCAAUACAAAAUAGGGUCUGUCUUACCUGCAGGGCUGAAUUUGGCUGUGAGGGUCCACAUAUAUACCUUGUAGGUAAGCAAUACAUGUGUAUAUUUUUAUAUAUAUUGCAACCAGAUGAUAGUACUGUAUUUCUUGCACUUAGUGACUUGUUAUUUUGUGUGUUAGUACAACUUUUUUUUUUUUUUUUUUUAAGUGUAAUUCUUGCAUAUGUGUAUGAGUAUGCUCGAAUGCCUCUGUUUACACCUGGAGGCAGCUCCUGGGCUGUGCAGGAACAGGUUCAGUCCCCGGAUAAAACAAAGCACUGGGGCUGGGAUAGCUCUUGCUGGCUAGAACUUCCUCAGCAGCCUGCUUGACCUUGGUCCCAGCCUUCAACAUCCUGGUAGAAAUUCAGUGCCAGUGCCAGCACUUCUUCAACUGGAAGCUCCUUCAUCUAAACCACCGCUGCCAUACGAGGGCAGGUAUUCUUCCUCAGCCAAGAUGAUGGAGUUCUGCAUGAUGCUACUAAAGAAAAGCUAACACGUACUAAGAUUUUUAAAACCUGCAACUCUAACUAGUAACUCUUUCUUAUUAAUAGCAAUGUGUUUCACAUUAUGGGAGCUGCGUAUACGCUUUACAAAUCUCACCUUUCACAAUUCCCCCACGGGCUAGGAGUGACUCUCCAAAGGACAGUUCAGUAUUGCCCAAAGAGGGACAGAUACUCUCUAAAGGAGAUUCAUGUCCUGAGAAUCUUCUAGAAAGAAACAUGAUUGUUCUAAUGAAACAGAAAGUGUACUUAAUCCAGCCAAGCAAACAGUUUCACACUUGGUCACUAGCCAAAUUGUAAAUCUGUGUAGUACAUCAUUCUCGUGUUCAGUAGAUGGCAGCAACAGUUCAUUAUUACAAUAUUUAGAUUUCCACAGAUCACAAGCUAUACCCAGGACGCUGAUUAAAGAUCAACACACCUUUAACCGCUAAUUGAUUUCUACCCUUAACUGGAGGAUUUUAUUUUCUUUGUCUGUUAUUAAACCUUUGUCACAUGAUGUUGGGUUAUCUUUAUUGUCUGCA